GAGACCCGACUGUAAGUAACGCCCACCUCCAUCGGUCCUCCACUGUCGUUAUGGCGGAAAGAACCAACUCGAAUAUGUUAUUCGCAAAUUUCAACCAAGACUUCUCGUGCAUAUCGGUUGGAACGAGAAAGGGUUACAGUAUCACGAACUGUGAUCCAUUCGGGAGGGUUUAUACCAUGAACGACGGAGCGCGAGGAAUAGUUGAAAUGCUGUUCUGCACGAGUCUCAUUGCGCUCGUCGGUGCUGCUGAUGUGCCACAGUCGAGUCCCAGAAAGCUACAGAUCGUCAACACCAAGCGUCAAUCCAUGAUAUGCGAACUGCUCUUUCCCUCUUCAAUAUUGGCAGUCAAGAUGAACCGAAAAACCCUUGUCAUCGUUCUCGAGCUGGAAAUCUACAUCUACGACAUAUCGAAUAUGAGACUGUUGCAUGUCAUUGAGACGACGCCGAAUCCAGAUGCCAUAUGUGCACUAUCACCGUCUACAGACAACUCUUACCUUGCAUACCCUUCCCCCGUUCCCUCACCUACAUCACCCCUCUCCACCCAACCAGGUUCUUCAUCUUCAUCUUCCCAUCCUUCGCCUCCAACAUCUUCACCCUCAUCAACCUCAAGCCAAUCUGGAGACGUUCUCCUCUUCUCUACUCGUUCUCUCACAGUAGCCAACGUGAUACAAGCACACAAAGCUCCUAUAUCGUUCUUAUCACUCUCUUCGAAUGGAACGUUACUCGCGACAUCAUCAGAAAAGGGAACCGUGAUUCGUGUAUGGUCCGUACCGGGUGCGGAAAAACUUUAUCAGUUCAGGAGAGGGACUAGGGAAGCGAAAAUCUAUUCGAUGAACUUCAACUCUGUGGGGUCUUUAUUGGCGGUCAGCUCGGCGCACGAUACAGUGCAUAUAUUCAAAUUAGGAGGCAAAGGUGGUGGUAGUGGAGGAGUAAAUGGUAUUAAAGAGGGUGCAGGUGCUACGAGUCCAUCAUCGGCUUCGGUGGAUUCUGUUGAUGAACCUGAUGGAGGAGGGGGAGGGUAUGAAGCGUUUAUAGAGAAGAAGAAGAGUGGUGGUGUUUCUUCCACACUCCGCCGGAGAUCACUCCAGGUCACAAAGUCGCUUUCACACUCAAUGGGCGGAUACCUCCCCAACUCGAUCACGGAGAUGUGGGAGCCAUCGAGGGAUUUUGCAUUCUUGCGGUUACCAACUAGCGGGGUGAGAUGUGUGGUGGCCCUGAGUGGGACGAUGCCUCAGGUAAUGGUCAUCUCGUCGGAAGGCUACUUUUAUUCGUACAGCAUCGAUCUUGAGAAGGGUGGGGAGUGUGCGUUGACGAAACAGUACAGUUUGCUGGAUGCUGGCGAGGGAGAAGGCGAGUAGAGGGCGGCUGGAGACGUGUAGGAUUCUCGUUUCCAUCCAUCCUUCUGUACUUUCGACUUCCAACAGGACCGGUGGGCUU